AUGCGCGAUCAGUUUCGCCGGUCUCCUGUCACUCGACCCGCCAUGCCUUCUCCGUCCACGAAUCCAGAUAAACAUAACAAUGGCAUCCCCGCCAAACCAUUUACGCCUACCCUAAGCUCUGCCUUCAGACCGACCGUAAAGCCCUCGUUGCCAUUGACCCCUCGCCUCGCGCACCCUGGAAAUACCCAGACCCCCAAAAGGCCAGAAUCAUCAAUCAUCCCACCACGGGAAGACGCUGCGACUCCCGAUUCAAUCUAUCUAGGGAUAAACAUAACUCCACGAUCUGGCCAUCGAACGAGUCGAAGAGAUGGUCACAUUUCUUCCCCAGAAAUUACGUCGUCGGCGGCGACUCACGCUGGAUCGUAUACAUCCCGACCCACCGUCCCUGUCACCCCAGGCUAUAUGCGGUCUGAAAGGAGCCCUAUCCGUGGUUACCCAAGAUCAGAAAUAUCUAAAUCGACAGUGUCGAGGGGAUCUAAUAUUGAUGUGCCCGGAUCGAGAACACUGCCCCGCCCGCCUUCAUCGUCGGAAGGACUCAAUCCCACAGCGAAAUUCUUCCACGCCGACGAAGCUCGCUCCGGCGGAUCUCACGAACCAGAAGCACGACCUCGCACAAUUUCGAAACCCGCACAAACAUCCACAUUCUUCUAUGCAGAUGGAUCCCAUGACCAAGACAGUCACACGGAUGACUCUAGUAAAGGCAUACCACCGAAGCGGCGCUCAACAGGAUCGGGCCGCCUUACCGGCGGUACUAAGAGUCCAUCGCUACUCUCACCAAGACUGCGGACGGCGCAGCUAGUUGAUCCCAUUUCUCGAUCGUCGUCUGAAGGCAGUCUUCAACCAAGUCCCAAUAUCGAAGAGGUUUCUGUGCCCAGAACGGCGAUAUCCGCUGAACCUCCGACUCCCGGGCUUACUCGACCGCCUCAACUUCCAUCGCAUCCUACCCACCGAAAGUCGUGCAGUGUCGAUUCUACAACUAACAUUACUUCUCCGCACGUGACAUCUCGUCGUGUCACUCCUACAUCAUCUUCACCCUUUCUUCCAGAGCCACUGAGCAGCCCUUCGGAACAACUCUCUCAUAGCCCUCUGAUUACUCCGAACCCUCCUAUCCAACUCAUCGAUCACCGAGACCAACCGUAUACUGUGCCUCAAAGCCCCAUAAAAUUUGAUGGAGGACCGAAUGCGGCCGGCGAAGAUGCCGUAAACGCGCGCACUGAACGCAAGGUUCUGGACCUUGAAAUCAGCAAUUCUUCUCUUUUAGCUAUCAACCGCACGCUUGAACGUGAGUUACGAAAGCAAAAUGCGGAACUUCGUCGAUUCCGGCGUCUUAGUCGAUCUGGCCGUUUAUCUAUAGCAACUUCUUUACGAUCAACCUCUGGGGGCGGACUUUCCGCAGUUAGUGAAUCCGGGGACAUCAGCGAGCUUUCUUCUACAUAUUCGAACGAUGAACUAUCGGACGAAAGUGACCCAGAUUCUCUAGAUGAGGGAACUGUCAGUCCUAAUAGUCUAGGCGAGCACGACUCUCAUCACCGUGUCGACGACGAGAAGCAAUUCAUGCUCGAUCUCGCCAAGCAUCAGGAAUUACUCAUUGAUAGCCAGAAACUCAAUCAGAGCCUGAAGCGAUGCAUUGGGUGGACUGAAGAAUUGAUAAAAGAAGGCAGAAAGGCUCUGGAGUAUAACGUCCACGUGAACGAUAUAGAAAUCGGUGGGCGUGUCCUCGACCCAGAUGAGCUUGGAGAGGACCUCGACAGAGGCCAUGGCCUUUUGAGUCCUGCAGCAGAUGUCAGGGGAGAUUUUCAGUUCUCCGCCCUUGACGCUCUUGAUAACGUUCUUGAAGAAGAGAGCCUUCUUGAAGAAGCAGUUGAUCUAAACCUAGAUUCAGAACAGUGA